AGAAAACUCUGCUCAACUCGUUCUAUCGUCUGUCGUCUCGCUCUCCACAUCCGUUGAUCCAUCCCUUCCAACUCCAAUCAACUCCGUCCCAAACUACAAUCCGUGGCAACAGAAAAAGGUGUAUCUUUUACCAGAAACAGAAGCUAGAUUCCCGGAUUGCUCCGCUUGAUCGCUGGUGAAUCGACCCAACCGAGUGGCCCAUGGCCGGAACCGAGCGGCUCCACCGCCCGAUUGACCCGCCGCGGCCCGCGGGCAGCCGCUCCGUCGUGGUCGGUGCUGGUGGCUCGCCGGCGAGGUGGGACGACGAUAACGACGACUGCGGCGGCGGCGGACGUGUCGAAGGCUUGGCGGGACUCCACAUAUUUGACCAAGAGGCAGAGGAGUCACCAACCAAAAACGACAUGGCCAACAGCCUUGAUACUAACUGCACUCCCAUUGCUAAAGGAUGCAACACUGAAACAACCGAAACUUCUGUAGAGUCGGAACCUGUAAAUGUCUUGAACCUGCUUCAUGAUCAUACCGGCAUCUGGGUCCCUGUUUCUGUCCCGCCUAUGACAGCGCUGGCCAGCGAGGAUUGGCACAGAGGGUUUCGUUGCAAUGGUGGGCACUUCCCGGAAGAAGAGUUCAGCUGGGAGCUGGAUGAAGACAAUAAGGAGAUGACAAUGUGGGAUGUUUUUGCUGAUAUGGCUGUCGCAGCAAAAGAUAAGGUGAUAUCUGCUGCAAAAUAUGAGUAUGGGAGAUGUGGGAUGUCGACAGUGUCCAACUUCUUUCUACAAGAGGCUUGGAAGGAUAUGGCACAAACACUUGUGGAUGCAAACACUGGUAUUGCGAAUGAGCUUCUUGAGACAGAGCCAACUAAGUGGUUGCCUGACAGUGCUGCCACCUCUUGCAUGCUCUGUGGCGUGCGAUUUCAUCCAAUAAUGUGCUCUCGCCAUCAUUGUCGUUUCUGUGGUGGAGUAUUCUGCAAUGGCUGUUCAAAUGGCAGAAGCUUGAUGCCUCCAAAAUUUAGGACUGCAGAUCCUCAGAGGGUUUGUGAUGUCUGCGGAGUACGUCUAGAGAGUAUCCAACCUCAAUUGAUGAAUCAGAUUAGUCGGGCCUCACAACUUCCAACUCGGGAUGUCACAGACCUGAGUACCUUGAGGUCAUGGCUGAAUUUCCCUUGGUCACACACAAUGGAAUAUGAGAUAUACAAGGCUGCAAAUUCUUUACGUAGUUACUGUAAGGUGGGAAGACUGAAACCAGAGAAGUCUAUCCCUGAUACUAUUCUUAGACAAGCAAAAGGCCUUGCUAUAGUUACUGUGGUGAAGGUUGGGAUGAUGGUUACAUACAAACUUGGCAGUGGGCUGGUUGUUGCUCGAAGAGUGGAUGGCUCCUGGUCACCACCGUCAGCAAUCUCCACCUGUGGUAUUGGAUAUGGGGCUCAGGCUGGAGGUGAGAUAGCUGACUUUAUUAUUGUUCUGAGGAACACGGAUGCCAUCAAAACAUUCAGUGGGAAGGCACAUCUAUCUGUUGGUGCUGGUGUUAGCGCUUCUGCUGGCCAUGUUGGACGUGCAGCUGAAGCUGACUUCCGUGCUGGUGAUGGUGGUUAUGCCGCAUGUUAUACAUACAGUUGUAGCAAAGGUGCCUUUGUGGGCUGUGCGUUGAAUGGCGGCAUAGUAUCAACUAGAGACACUGAGAACGCACGAUUUUACGGAGGUCCUGUCCAGGCAUCUGAUAUCCUUCUAGGAUCGACGGCGAGGCCGCCUGCAGCCUCUCCUCUGUACAAAGCUCUGUCAGAAUUAUUUGACAAGAUUGGAAAGUAAUCCUCUCUCUUGCAGACCCUGCCUCACCUUGUAAAUACAAUCGAAUUUGUGCCCUUCAGGAAUUGGUUGGAAACAAUUGCGCAACUGUACAGUAAGGCCAUUCUUCAACACGUCAAAUGUGUUUAGUGAUGCUACCAACAAAACCACUCUGUAAAUAUUUGUACAUUGGAUUGACAAUCGCAUCAAGAUGUGAAAAAAGGUGUUUAUUCUU